UUCAGCUGCUCUGAGUGUGGGAAAGUAUUUUGCACCAAGGCACACCUGAAAAGACACAUGAGAACUCACACAGGAGAAAAGCCUUUCAUCUGCUCAGUGUAUAGGAAAUCUUUUACACAGAGUGGAGAUUUACAGAGACACACGAGAAUCCACACAGGAGAGAAAACUUUCAGCUGCUCUGAGUGUGGGAGAAGAUUUGGCCAAAGGGGACAUCUGAAGAGACACAUAAGAACUCAUACAGGAGAAAAACCUUUCAGCUGCUCAGUUUGUGAUCAGAGACUUGGCUGCAAGACACAUCUGAAGACUCACAUGAGAAUCCACACAGGAGAGAAACCUUUCAGCUGUUCAAUCUGUAAGAAAUCUUUUGCACAGAGAGGCCAUUUAAAAUCUCAUAUGAACCAACACACAGGAGAGAAAACUUUCAGCUGCUCUAAGUGUGGAAAAAGAUUUAGUCAAAACUCAAAUCUGAAGAGUCACAUGAGAACUCAUACAGGAGAGAAACCUUUCAGCUGCUCAGUCUGUAAGAAAGCUUUUACACAGCGUAGCAAUUUAAAAUAUCACAUGAAACAACACACAGGAGAGGAACCAUCAAAAGCAGCAGGAAAACCAUUCAGCUGCUCUGAGUGUGGGAGGAGAUUUAACCGUGAGUCACAUCUGAAGACUCACAUGAUAACUCACACAGGAGAGAAAGCGUUCAGCUGCCCAGUCUGUAAGAAAUCUUUUACUGUGAGAGGAAGUGUAAAGGCACACAUGAGAAUCCACACAGGGGAGGAACCAUUUAGCUGCUCUGAGUGUGGAAAAAGAUUUAACCACAACUCAAAUCUGCUGAGUCACAUGAGAACUCAUACAGGAGAAAAACCUUUCAGCUGCUCAGUUUGUGAUCAAAGAUUUGGCCGCAAGACAAACCUGAAGACUCACAUGAGAACUCACACAGGAGAGAAACCAUUCAGCUGCUCAGUCUGUAAGAAAUCUUUUACACACAGUGGAAGUUUAAAAUAUCACAUGAAACAACACACAGGAGAGGAACCUUCUACUUCCUGUGUUAGUGACAUCAGGAAGCAGCAGCAGUGGAGCUCCAGUGUGGACCAGGAGCAGCUAGAGAAUCUCAUCCAGGUUGGAACUCUCUGAAAUAUAGAAAUUAAAUGGAUAGAAAGGCCAUUUCCAUUCAAAUAAACAUAGCAUAAUGGUCAGAGUGACAGACAUUUUUAUGUGUAUCAUUGCCAUGGUAACGUAUAAACUUCAACAUAUGCAUAAGGCUGUUUUCAUGCCGGAUUUAUAUUUUUCUAAUGCUGUUUAUGACUUUUGGACUCCAUUUUGUAUGUCAGUAAUACAAUUAUGGGAUGUAUUGGAUGCAGAACCUUCUUUGUGUUAAUGCAAAUAAAUAUAAGUGUUGUAAGAGCCAGGUUUAGUUAUAUUAUUUUGAAAGGUCAUUUACGGUAAUUAGGGCACCUGGUGGGGGCGGAGGAAGCAAAGUAAUACCUGCUCACUUGUUUGGUUUGGUGAUGGAGAGGGGUUGACGAAGGAAGUCUUAUUUUUGCUGAACGCUAUUUUUAUGCUGGUUUAUGUUUUUCUAAUGCUGUUUAUGACUUUUGGACUCCAUUUUGUAUGUCAGUAAUAAAAUUAUGGGAUGUAUUGGAUGCAGAACCUUCUUUGUGUUAAUGCAAAUAAAUAUACAAAACGCA